CUCUCCUGUGUGUUGCUGCUAUCCUUCCUCCUCCUCCCCCCUUUUUCUCUCAGUCUUACUCACCCACCCCUUUUUCUCUCGGUCUCCGUCAUCCCUACACCUCCAGUCUGCUUCUGUUGUCUCGGCGGAUUGUUGGGCUGUCGGAGAGAGAAGGGAUAUCGCGAGUAUUGGAGUUUUGGUGAGAGUUUGUGGAAGAUGGCGCCUGUUGUGACAGGGAAGUUUGGGGAGCGCCCUCAGCCACAGCGCCUAACAAGAGAAGCGAUGAGGAACUACCUAAAGGAGCGGGGCGACCAGACCGUCAUGAUCCUGCACGCCAAAGUUGCACAGAAAUCCUACGGCAAUGAGAAAAGGUUCUUCUGCCCUCCUCCGUGCGUGUACCUGAUGGGCAGCGGCUGGAAGAAAAAGAAGGAGCAGAUGGAAAGGGACGGCUGCUCCGAGCACGAGUCGCAGCCUUGUGCCUUCAUUGGCAUCGGUAACAGUGACCAAGAAAUGCAACAGCUCAACCUAGAGGGAAAGAAUUAUUGCACAGCCAAAACCUUGUACAUAUCCGACUCCGACAAGAGAAAGCACUUCAUGUUGUCCGUCAAGAUGUUCUACGGCAACAGCACGGACAUCGGCGUCUUCCUCAGCAAGAGGAUCAAAGUCAUCUCCAAGCCCUCCAAAAAGAAGCAGUCCCUCAAGAACGCUGACCUGUGCAUCGCAUCAGGGACCAAGGUGGCGCUGUUCAACCGACUCCGCUCCCAGACGGUCAGCACGCGUUACCUACAUGUGGAGGGGGGCAACUUCCACGCCAGCUCCCAGCAGUGGGGCGCUUUCUACAUCCACCUGCUGGAUGACGAGGAGUCAGAAGGAGAGGAGUUCACUGUGAGAGACGGUUACAUCCACUACGGCCAGACGGUCAAGCUGGUGUGUUCGGUCACCGGCAUGGCGCUGCCCAGACUGAUCAUCCGAAAAGUCGACAAGCAGACGGCGCUGCUGGACGCCGACGACCCCGUCUCCCAGCUGCACAAGUGUGCCUUCUACCUGAAGGACACGGAGCGCAUGUACCUGUGCCUUUCCCAGGAAAGGAUCAUCCAGUUCCAAGCCACUCCAUGCCCGAAGGAGCCCAACAAGGAGAUGAUCAACGACGGCGCCUCCUGGACAAUCAUCAGCACGGACAAGGCCGAGUACACCUUCUACGAGGGCAUGGGCCCCGUCCACUCGCCCGUCACCCCCGUGCCCGUGGUGGAGAGCUUACAGCUCAACGGCGGCGGGGACGUUGCCAUGCUGGAGCUGACGGGGCAGAACUUCACGCCCAAUCUGCGGGUUUGGUUCGGAGACGUGGAGGCAGAGACCAUGUACAGGUGUGCAGAGAGCAUGCUGUGCGUGGUGCCCGACAUCUCGGCCUUCCGCGAGGGCUGGCGCUGGGUGCGGCAGCCCGUCCAGGUCCCCGUCACGCUGGUGAGGAACGACGGCAUCAUCUACUCCACCACGCUGACCUUCACCUACACGCCCGAGCCCGGCCCGCGGCCGCACUGCAGCGCCGCCGGCGCCAUCCUGCGGGCCGGCAACUCCAGCCUGCACAGCACCAGCGGCCAGGAGCCCGCGCCCGGCGUCUACGGCCCCAACAGCACCCCCGGCGCCGGGGUCACGUCCUCGUCCUCCGCCGCCGCCGCCGUGGUGUCCUAACGCACACACAGUAUGCCUUGAGCGCGAACGUACCUUUGUGGGGGGGGGAGGGGUGGGUUAUAUAAAGACUAUAGGAAGCAAACCCAAACUGACUCACUGUAGAGUGCUGCGUGUUUCUCCGGGGAUACGAACAGAAAGUAGCAAACCGAAGGAGUGACAUCACGGGAGGCGUCGGCCAAUGGGAAUGCGCAGAAGAGCCCCGCCUCCUGUGGUUACGUUAGGGACCUGCCUAUUUAAUCCUGGUGUUUGGAAAUGAGUGACGUUCCUGCAGGCUCAGAGCACCAGCACCUUCCUUCCGCCGUGAGACGCGACGGCAACAACAACACAUCCCCCCCCCCCCACCCCAUAACGCCACCGCCACGACCCCGGAAGGACAACUCUGCAGUCCACCUGUUCCUGCCUGGGUGGCUUGGCCCCGCCCCCCCACCGCCGAGCUCGGCCAGGUGUGUUGUUGUUGCAGGAUGCAGAGGGACACACAUAAAACGUGACGAUGACAUAGUUUUUAUGGACCAAGGAUCUUGUAUAAGCUUUAGUAAAGGUACAUUUUUCUCCAUACCUUUUUUUGUAUUAAACAUAUAGUACACUUUUGUUACCAAAUAGUUUCUAUUCUUCCUCUGAGCUUUGGGCUUUUGUUUCCUCCCUGUUUGAGGUCCAAACUCCAAACCUGUAUGUUAAUGUGACCUUACGACAAACUCCUGCUUCUCAGCCUUUGGCUUGACUUUUUUUUUUUUUUUUUUUUUUUUUUUUUUGCGCGCGUCUUUCUUUCGGGAAAAAGAAAGGAAAUCUGAAGUGUGGGUUUGUUUGUUCACAUAAGCGAAGGUUGUUUUUUUUUACGUUUUUGUUUGUUUUUAUAGGGGGGGUGGGGACCUCAAAGGGGGCCUAUAUUUUUUAUCCUUUGGUUUUUAUGAUGUCUUUAAAAAGAAAAAAAGCUUUAAGCGACGCCUUUCGCCUUUGCCUGCAAUACUCGGCGUGCUCGCCGCGACUCCCGGAGCGUGAACGCAUCAGUACAUCCCACACGGAGCCAUAGCAACAUCUGCAGAAAAUGUAAAAAAAACAACCUACUUUGUUGGUUACAAAAAUAAGAUCAAACUCAUGUAAUAAGCGUUAGUAAGCCUUAGUACUGUAUAUCCUUACUGUGCACACAGACCGGUCACAUAUCUGUCGCUCCUACCUGCACCCGGCGAGGUGUCUUCCAGCGCGCGCUCUGCUUACAUCCGGUAGUUUUCCAAAAAAACAAAAAAAGAAGCAAAAGAACACAGACCGACGGACACUUUUUCAAUUUGAUGUGGCCUUACUGCAAAGCGAUAAAUAAAUAAAUAAAUAAAAAAGGAGUUCACCUUUUUCUUAUCUGCUGUUUACUCACCUUGGAAGAAGCUGUGCUUAGCACAAACCGAUGCCUCGCUUCCUAUCGCAGGAGCUCUGCUGUCCUCCAGCUCGCCGCCGCCGCUUCACCCUCCCUGCAAGGAGCCGCCUUCGUUAACUUCUUUUUCUAUGGUGCACAAAUCCAAAACCCCGCUUACGCUCUUGUCUUUUGUUUGAACGUCAUCGUUCUUCUGUCGGUACAAUAUCUCCCGGGUAGGCAUGAGCCGGAGUGACGACAUUGAGGGGAAAGAACUGGAAAAUAGAAAUGUCUUGACGUGAUUCGGUUCCUCCCAUCUUAAAAAAAAACCAACAAAAAUCCUGCUCAGAUAAAAUACCUUGUUAAUUAUUAGUUAGGCCGAUGUCUAUAGCGCCAAAGUUUUUAUUCAAAGCUGCAUCUCCACUCGAGCUGUGCCUCGUUAUCAGCUUUUUAAGGUACGGCUCCACAACUCCAAAUCCGUGUCAAAAAACUGGUGGAGGGCGCACAUGAAAUCAGGGUUUUCUCAGCUGGUUCUGAUUUCUGAGUGCUUCUUAAUUCCACUUUAGUGUUGUUUGAAAAUUAACAAAAGUUUUUUUUCUGAGUUUUCCAAGUCAAAAAAAAAUAAAAAAUAAAUUUUUUUUUUGUUAUUUUCACCACUUUCUAUACGCUAUAACGCUCAAAAUGCCAUAAGGUGGGACAGAGAUUUGGUCUGUAGUGGAGAGGUAAGCCCAAACAUGAUUGAUACAUGUUGAAAAUGGAGUAUUAUUUUUAUUCAUCCACAAGGAGGAUCUCGCAUUAGAAGUGGAACAGUAAAGAAUUUAGUGAAAAAUAAAUUCAGUCUUUAUUUCCGUUUUAACCAAAGUGAAGCAAACCAUUCCCUUUCUGAUGCUGCCGUUGCAGCAAUCAAACCCUUCUCAUAGUUGCCUUCAGAGUCUUCAAAGUCGGGACUCUGAAACGUUAAUUUCGCUUCCAGUCAGAAGAAGCAUGUCGGCAGUUUUUUUAAACCCUAACCCUAAACAUGCCAGGGGUAUGAAUAUUUCUGGGCUGAAUUGUUGCCCAGAAAUAUUAAAAUUUAAUUGUUUCCAAGCGCUCGAGUCAGAGAACGUUUUUGCCUUUCGGGUCCACAUAGAGGAAACGCCGCUCGUAGCUCACAGUUCAGUCGCUCUUUUGGCUUCUGCCUCUGGAAUUACCAAUUUUUUUUUUUUUUUACCAGAGCAGAAAUAUUUCCAAGUAGCCCAACACGUCUGCCUUUCAGCCAGCUGACUUGUCAGUGCGCAGCAAACGGCGUGGGCCCAGGGAGCGCAGAAGGUCCCUCCUAAACCUUCUCCGUCUUUAACUCCUUUAUCAAACAGACUUCAGAGCGUUGCCCCUUUUUUAAGCCGUGAGUGUUUUCUGCAAUAGAAAUCUUUCCAAGCAGCCGAAUUUGUCUCUAAACAAGGGAAGUAGGCUUUCUCUUAACCUUCUGACCGUCAGUGGGCAGCAAUAUGCGGGGGAGGGGGGAGGGGACUUGACUGUCUGAACCCGGCUCAUGCCUCCUUAAAGCUGCUCUCAGCCCUUCUGUCUACAUUGUCCCGCGGCGACAGCGCCUCCUGUGGGAGCAUAAAAGGCCUUUCAAAACGUGUAUUUAAAAAAAAAUUUAAAAUAAAAUGUGCAUUUCCGAACAUAACAGCAAUAUUGUACAGGUCAUGUCAUUGUUUUUUUUUUUUUUUUUUUACGUUCUCGUUAGCCUGAGCACUAGUUCACCAGCCAGCAAAAUUCCUUAAAGCGCGCGAGCGUGUCGUCACUGUAACCGAAUAACGAGUCGUACUCGCUCCGUUUUGAAAAUAAAAAAUAAAAAUAAUGAAAUAAAAAUAUAUUGAGCUUCCUGUCUUCCGCCGACAUCCAAAAAAAAAAAAAAAACGUCUAGCUGCGGGGAGGCAUUCAAAGGCAAUACGAAACCAGAAGAACACCGUAACGUGAAUGUCUGCUCGGUGAAGUUUUUCACAAUUUUGUUACACCUUUUAAUAACGGAAAACAGAAAAGGAUUUCAUUGCACCCCCUUUAAUGUAUAAAAAAAAUAAAUAAAUAAAUGAAAAAGUUAAGUUAUGCCCCGUUCUUGUCACACCAUGUUUGUUAAUGUAAAAUGUUUUAUAUUGUAAUAUUGAUAUUUUUUUAAAUUAUUGGUACAAAGUCUCCCCCUCGUCUUAACGUCAAAUUUUCAACAAAGAAGAAAAAAAGAA